AUGACUGGCAACGUAUUCCAGGAGGCGGCCACGUAUAAGCCGUUCCUCCCCUCUAGAUUCCUCUCUUUAGACCUGACCGAAGACGAAGCUGCGUUUUGCAAGGCGGAAACGGGAAUUCAAGAUGAUGUCGAGUUGAAGAGCCACAUUUUAGCCAUUCCGGAGGAAGCAUUUACUUCUGGGUUGGAAAUGAUGUUCGAAAAGCGGUCGUCGAUGGAGUUCUGGGAUCUUGGACGCAAGCUCUUCAAGAGCACACCAGAGAGCUUUUCGGCGCGAUUCAUACCUGCGGACGUAUUCGAGCUGAAGGGUUUGGUCAAGCAACCCAUAGCCUCCAACCCGAGCUCUCCAAGGUCCAAUCCUUAG